AUCAUGCGCUCGGUAGCUAUUUAAGCUGGUAGAGAGGAAUGGGCCGAGUCUUGGGGGGAUACAGUUCUGCAGAGAGAGAGAGAGAGAGAGGAGCAACAUGCACAGUCAGAGCAUGUGGAAAGCAAGUAUCCUCGUGGUGACCCUGUGUGCCAGCCUAUCACUGGCCCAGUUUCCCCGGGAGUGCGUAACACCUGAGGGGCUACAGAGUGGCCAGUGCUGCCCGUCCCCGACAGGGCUGGCAGGGGACGAAUGUGGCUCCAGUACAGGAAGGGGACAGUGUGUGUCCAUUGCAGCCGACAACAGGCGCCAUGGCCCCCAGUAUCCUUAUGCUGGGCGAGAUGACAGAGAGAGGUGGCCGCUAAGGUUUUUCAACCGCACUUGCCAGUGUAAUGGGAAUUUCACUGGCUUUAAUUGUGGCCAGUGCCGACACGGGCUAAUCGGACCAAACUGUGAUCAGAGGGUCUCCGUGGUGAGGAGGAAUGUCAUGCUUUUAAGCUCUUCUGAGAAGCAAGCAUUCGUAAAUGCUUUAGACCGAGCUAAGAGGACGGUCCACCCUGACCUGGUCAUCUGUACAAGACGGUACGAGGAGGUGUUUGGGCCUGAUGGCAACACCCCACAGUUUGAGAACGUCACUAUUUACAACUACUUUGUUUGGAGCCACUACUACUCUGUCAGCAAAACCUACCUGGGGCCAGGCCAGACCAGCUUUGGAGGUGUAGACUUCUCUCAUGAGGGCCCGGGUUUUGUCACUUGGCACCGUUUUCAUCUUCUGCAACUGGAGAGAGACAUGCAGGACAUGCUGGGUGACCCCACUUUCGCCCUCCCCUACUGGAAUUUCGCCAUCGGUGGGAGCGACUGCGACAUAUGCACAGACGACCUGGUGGGAGCAAGGAGCACCUUUGACAUCAACUCCAUCAGUUCUAACUCCGUGUUCUCCCAGUGGAGGGUUAUCUGUGAGAGCGUGGACGACUACGACUCUUUGGGCACCGUGUGCAACAAUACAGAAACAAGUCCCAUCAGAAGGAACCCGGCAGGCAACGUGGCACGACCCAUGGUGCAGAGGUUACCGGAGCCCCGGGACGUGUUGGACUGUCUGGAGCUCAACGCGUUCGACACUCCACCUUAUUACUCCACCUCAUCUGAGAGCUUCAGAAACACCAUUGAAGGCUACAGCGCCCCUCAGGGGACGUACGACCCAGUGGUCCGCAGCCUCCACAACCUGGCCCAUCUCUUCCUUAACGGGACGGGCGGACAGACUAACCUCUCACCCAACGACCCCAUCUUUGUCCUGCUGCACACCUUCACUGAUGCAGUCUUUGACGAGUGGCUCCGCAGGCACCAGCCGGGUGAAGUAGUGUACCCAGAGGAAAAUGCUCCUAUUGGGCACAACCGCAGGUUCAACAUGGUUCCUUUUUGGCCUCCUGUCACCAAUGAGGAGAUGUUUGUCUCUGCCCCAGAAAAUCUGGGAUACUCCUAUGAGGUUCAGUGGCCAGCUCGUGCAUACACCCUGUCUGAGAUCAUCACCAUAGCUAUUGUUGCGGCCGUCCUGGUGGUGGCGCUGAUGGGCGGCGUUAUUGCCUGUGCUGUGCGAGCCCACUCCUACCGUUCAGUUGAGGCUUUGGAGCCACUGCUGGGAGAGACUUUCAGACGCUACUCAGAAGAUGACCACAGAUUGGGCAAAUCACAGUCUGUUGUCUAACUCCAUGCCUUUCUACUGAGGCCUUAACAUGUCUGUGCAUUUGUUUUGUUUUUUAAAUACCUCCACUUCUAAUAAAUUUGAAGUGAUGUUAAAUCCA